AUGGCAGAACUAUACGGCAAGCUGUCAAAUGUUCCUUACGGAAGAAAGGAUGGACCAGCGAGGGCAGCAUACAAGACAUACAAUGAUUGCCUUUCGUUUGAUGCAACUUAUAUGACCAAUUGUUAUAAAAUGCCUUUCGCUCCUUUCAUAGGAAUCAAUAGAUAUUGCCAAUCUAUUCAGCUUGGUUGUGGAUUCCUACGUAAUGAGCAAGAAGCAGAUUAUAUUUGGCUAUUUGAGUCUUUUCUUGAAGCUAUGGAUGGUGUCCAACCAGUUAACAUCAUAACUGAUCAGGAUGCUGCGAUGAGAAGUGCCAUUCUGUCUAUAUUUCCGGAUUCAUGUCAUCGAAAUUGUAGAUGGCACAUCAUGCAAAAUGCCCAGCCAGUGUUAGGUAAUGAAAUGUCAAAAAAUGAACCUCUACGAGUAGAGUUGAAUGAUACCAUUGAUCACAGCAUGACACCUGAUGAGUUUGAAAAUAGGUGGGCAGAGAUGGUAUUGAAGUACAAUGUCAGUGACAAUAAACAUUUGCAAGAUCUUUAUGACAUCAGAGCAUCUUUUGUGCCUGCAUACUUCAAGAACAGGUUUUUCCCAUUCCUACAAACUACAGCGCGCAGCGAGGGCUUUAAUGCGGUGCUAAAAAGGUAUGCCAGCCCGCACAACAGUUUGUUCCACUUUUUUGAGCAGUACAUGAAGCUUCAGGAGAGCAUUGAUGUGGCAGUAGAUUCAAAUGAAUUCAAGGAUGAGGACAAGAUCCUAAGGAUGUGGGGAGAAUGGCCUCUAGAAGAGCACGCCUUUAAUGUGUACACGAUGCCUAUAUACUUGCAUUUCCGGGCUGAGAUUCGCAAAGUAACAUGUUAUAAUGUAAACCUUCUAGAUGGGCAACAGUUCAAUGUUGUGCCAGUUACAGGCUAUGUUUAUGGAUAUGGGAAAAGAAGCUACAGAGUGGAAGCAAACUUGAGUGAAGGCAUUUACAAUUGUGAAUGUGAAAAAAUCAAAAGGGAUGGUAUAUUGUGCUGUCAUGUGUUGAGAGUAAUGGCUCAAUUAGGUGCUGUUCAAAAAAUUCCAGACCACUACAUCAUACCUAGAUGGACAAUGCCCCCAGAUGAUAUUGUGCCAGAGAAGGUGGAGUUGCCUCAUGUUCCAGUUGACAAAAAGUUGACGAAUAAAGAACGCAAACUUCUGCGGUACGGAACACUUUGUAACAACUGGACAGAUUAUGCAAAAAUAGCGGCUGAAUCAGAAAAAGCUACAGCUUUAGCUGAUAAGUACAUGCGUGAGUUGGGUAAAGAAUUGUCUGCAAUGAAAAUUAGUGCAGCCUCCAAGAGAAAUGAAAAGAAAAAACAAGCUAAAAAGCAAGGGGAGCCGUCGGGUGCUGAAAAUGUAGGUGAUGAUGGCCAAGGGAGCAACACCCAGUACCAACAUGUAAGGGAUCCUAUUAUGACUACCACUAAAGGGCGUCCUGAAGAAAAAUGGAAGAAGUCAGGGCUGCAUCUAAAGGCUUCAAAACCUAUCAAAUGCAAAGCUUGUGGUUCCGCACAACACAAUACUGCUGAAUGCCCAUCAAAGAUCAGUACUGUUCCGGAACAAAAAGAGAUCAACUUCUUCCGGGAUAUGAUAUAG